GCCCGCGUGGCGGUGCUGAGCAAAGUGCUGGAGCCAUCCCAUGCCUCACAAGCACGGCCCAUCACGGAUCUUGUGGCACCACGCACGUACGUUGACAACUGGUCCUGGACAUCCGACGCCCCGGACAAUCAUGGGCCUGCCCUCUUGAUUUUGCAAGACCUCACGGACAGUCUCUCGCUUCAGAUUGACUGGGGCAAGACAUACGUCUGGGCCCUUCAGAAAGAAUCCAAGAAAUGGUGGCAGGCACAUGGUGCCACUUUCGUGCCCCAGGGUGUGCGCUUGGAGCUUGUGGAUAAUGUGGAGCUUGGCUCUUUCUUUACCUUCGGCCGCCGCGGCUGCAGUGGAGCCUUCAAUGUUCGGUGUAAGGAAGCACUUUCUCGCUUGGCCAAGCUUGCCUCGGAUCCCCAGGGCUUGCCGGUCCGAGCAAGGAUCGUCCAGAGUGGCAUUUGGCCGUAUCUCUUUUAUGGUACUGAGGCCUGCCUCCCACCCCGCUCCACAGUUGCAGGUUUGAGGUGCUUUACCACCGACCCGGCCACUGCCACCGCGGUUUGGCAAAAUGUUUCCAGUGAAGAGCUGCUCUCGGCCCGAUCAGUCUGCUGCCGAGCAGGCGCCCUGCAAAAUCUACUGCAUCGUAAUGGCUGGACCGUCUACGCGUCAGGCAUUUGCAGAGGCCCCCUACACCAGACGUUUCAUGUGAAGCAAACAAGCAUCAAGUGCAUACGCAAAGCUGUUGCCACGGCUUGGGCCGAUGUCGUGCAUGACAAUUUCUGUCAUCGGAAUGGGCUAAUGUUUGCUCCGGUCCCGUGCCCGGAGUUGUCACAGAAGGUCUUCACCAAGUUUCAGCCUUGGGAGCUUAAGUUUCUGGCCCAGCACUACAGUGGGGGAUUCAUGUCGGGCGCUGAACGUAACACUUGGUCCAGGGACGAUACAGAGUUUUGUCCGCUUUGCUCAGCAGUGGAUUCCAAGGCUCACCGGCUGUUCAAGUGCCCAGCCCUUUCCCAGCAGCGCUUGGCCUUCCAGGAUGUUCUUGAUUGGGUACAGGCAAACCGCCCCCAUUGGGCCCAUCUGACAUACGUUGCUUGGCCACAGGAGGCUUCGGUGCUUCAGCUGCUGUUUCAGGACCACCCACUCUGCCGGCACCGCCUCGUCCAGCCCCCCAGAGCUCCGUACAUCGAACCGUGGCAGCUUGAGAGCCAACAGCUGCUUGCUUCUUUUGCCAUUGUUGCCCAGGGCAGCCCGACAGGGCUGCAAACUGUGCCCCGUGCCGAGCUUGCGGCCAUCGUUUGGGCUCAUCAAUGGUGUGCACUUCGCCCGGAACAGGAUGUCGAGCUCUACAGCGACUGUCAAUCAGCAGUGGACCUUUGGCAUCAGUUGGCCUUUGCGGGGUGGCAGUCUAUAUCGCGCAGCUGCAACGCGGAUCUUCUUGAAAACAUUGCACCUCGAGCCAACUUUGCCGUCUACAAGGUCAAGGCUCACCGUCGGGAGGCUGAGCUGGCUUCCAUGACAACCUGGGAACGGUGGUUGACCGCUGGCAAUGAAGCGGCGGAUGCAGCCGCCAAAGCAGCAUGUGGUGCCAUACCGUCAGUGGUGCAGGAAGCUGCACAGAGAGUGGCCACUGAAAGUUCAACCGACACCCGCUACCUUCGCGACUUCUGCAAGGCCAUCCUGGCAAUAGGUCCGGUGGAGACGAAGCUUCGGAGCGCU